UGGCAGCUGCAUUUUUCAAGUUGAUUUCCUGUUACCUGUUCCUGUUUGUAGAUACCCAGUAAUUCUCAUGUAGACAGCUGCACAGGUGUUCUGCCGACACAACACAAGCAGUUUGCUGGCUGAUUUUCGGGUCAUCAUGGGGUGUCCAUUUCUGUUGUGUCUUGCUGCCCUUCUCUUUAUGAGUGAGGUGGCCACAAGACACACCACAGAAACCAUGGAUAUACAAUCCCAAACAGUACAUCAAGAGCUAGCAACAUUGCCCCCAGGUCCUUACAUUCCUGGUCAUUUUUAUCCAUUUUCUCAUGGAUCAGAAGUUGACCUUUUUGAUAAUAUUGAAGGUUCACCUCAGAUAACACUUCAACAGGCAUUCCCUUUCUUUGGAUCCUACAAGGCCACAAUAUAUGCAAAUAAGAAUGGUGUACUGAGUUUUGCCAAGCCACUAACUAAGUCCAGUCCUCAUCCGCAUACGGGCACGGACAUCAUCGCUCCACUCUGGACUGAUUAUAAAGCGGACAACCAUGAAAGAGUCGUCUAUGAGGAAGUCACCAGUGGUCCUCUUCUUUUUCAAGCGACACACGACAUUAAUACUAUGUUCCCAGAAAAUAAUUUCUACGCAACAUGGCUCUUUAUAGCCACUUGGCAGUCUAUGUCAUUUGCCAACAGCACAGGGAACGCAACAUUCCAAGCAGUUUUGGUCUCUAAUGGUACAGAUGCGUCUUUUGUCAUGCUGAACUAUGGAGAAAUUGAUUCCACUGAUCAGAACUGGCUGGCUGGCUAUGAGACAGUGGAUGGUACCUCCAAUAUAAUUGCAAAAGACAUCAUUACCCUCUCUUCAUCUUCCAACGUCCAAAUCCCUGGUCGCUGGGCUUUCCAAGUCAUUGAUCCAGCCUCAUCAUACUGUCAGAAGCAGAACUGUUCUUGGGAUGAAGUCUGUAAACAGAUAAAUGGAGUCUAUGGCUGUGGCUGUGGAGAGAACAAUACAAUGCUGAACAAAGACACUUAUGACGCCAUUGAAACAUGUUCAGGCAGUUCUGGAUCACUGUCUCUGUCUCGCUGUCAGCUGUUUGAAGCUGGAUAUUCUGCAGAUGUUCUCCACCUCAAUGACCCAACAUGCAAAGGCGAGAUCCAAAAUAACCGGCUGGUCUUCAAAUUUGACAGUAAUACUAUGUGUGGCACAAUUCUGGAGCAUAAUGAAACACACAUCAUCUUUAAGAACAAUGCUGGGACAACUGACGGAAUGGGUGUGAUCAGUCAUGUUAGUGGGCUUAAUAUAGCCUUUUCUUGCUUGUAUCCACUCAUCCAGAGCUUCUCCAUGCCCAUGGCCUUCCAAAUCUCAGGAAGUACUAUCAGCAGGGAACUGUCUACCGAGGGGUCGUACCAGAUCCAUAUGGUCCCAUAUCCUGAUUCUCAGUUCCUGGUUCCAUACUCUGGUAAUGUGACCCUAGAAAUGAACCAACAGCUAUAUAUAGCUGUGGAAGUGGAUCAGUUUGACAGCAAACAAAUCACUCUCGUGCUGGACAACUGCUGGGCCACACCCAUUAACCAGAUGGACUCACUCGUUCGCUGGGACCUGAUCAUAAGGGAGUGUCCAAACCCUGCUGAUGGCACAGUGGAGGUGUUGCAGAACGGCAUCUCCACAUCCAGCCGCUUCUCCUUCAGGAUGUUUAUGUUCACCGGCUUCUCUGGCAACUCUAUUAUACUGCACUGCCAGGUCCACCUCUGUCUGCAAGGGCCAGGCAACUGUGCACAGUCAUGCAAUGGAACACUUUCCAGAAGACGCCGAUCUGUAGAUUUCUAUGACAGCUGAUAUUACGAUGCAAUUUUGAAAUUAUUGAUUGUUCCUCACAGGUGAUGUUAACAGGGCUAUAGUUUCUUGUUUCUCUUUGUUUAAUCAUGGUUUUGCUAUGGCAGUGCAUAUGAGUAUGGCAAGUAAUAUCAAAAUUAAGCUGUAUUUAUAAUUGUAGGUGAUUGACAAUUUUUAUCUAUUCAUGUGUACUUCUGUACUCAUUGUUCUGUCGAAACAGUUCAAAAUAAGAAUAAACCAGUAAUAAAUCAGUAGCAAAUAAUAAAUCUUCUCAAGCAUUCCA